GUUCUAGAAGCGUUUCGACGCUUGCGUUGUGAACAGUGUGCUGGCUGGAGACUGGCAAGGACAUCGGUAGAUGGAAUGACAUUUGUGUAAUGUUAGCCACCAGGCUUGAAAAUUGCAGGAGAAAUAUCAAUCAUUGUAAGCGGAGAUAAAAUAUGAGUUGCACAAAUUAACCAAAACAAACACACGCCUGCAUCACUGCCCUAGUUAACUAAUAAAGUUUGUCUAAUGGUGUCUGCUCAAUAAAUCUGUCAUUGGGGUCACCCCUGCCCCUUCCUGAGGUGAAUGGCUGUGUGCAGAGGGGGUGCUGCUUUCUGGGUGGGGUGUCUCUGGAGCCAUGGCAGCAGUCAACUUAGGAGGCAGCCAUGUUGGACUAUAUAUCAGAUGCUUGAACAGCCCUUGAAUGGCUCCGCAAGAACACUGUGCAGUGCAUCGUGGGCCCUGGCACCACCAAACAGCCUCCGCUAUCAGAACCUGAAACAUCCAUCCCUGUCGCACCCGUUCCACCAUGCGAGUCAGCCCCAGACAGCAGCUGUCCUGGAUGUGGACUGGGACGAGACGGUCAACUUGUGCGUGCUGCUGCGACCCAAGGAGUCUGAGGAGCAGCACACCCUCGUGGAGGUGUCACACGUUGGGCAGGAUAAACUAAGCGAGCUCCUUGCUCUGGGACCCAACAGGCCCUUUGAGCUCCUUCUUCCUUUAACGACUGUUGACGGUUGCAGGGAGGAUGACAUUAGCAUUACGGCGAAGGACAGGAAGGAGGGAUAUGUGGAGGGAACGGCUCUUGGUAAAGAGACAGGAUCCUUCCGGAGUCUUUUUGAGACAGAAGGCUGUCCUGCUCCGUUUGUGUUGGGCUCACACUUCUACUGUUUUCACUGCCCGACAAUGGAGCCCUUGGCCAGCACUGGAAAUAGACUUCACUUGACGCUCGGACUAGAGGCGCAGGCCUCAGGCCUCCCCCCACUCCCCUCAGUCUCCUAUUUCGAAGACGAACCUGACCGGGUAGAGAGGAGCAAGAGUGACAGUGAGCGGGAGAAUGAGGAGAAGCUGGCAGUGAUGUAUGAGAGGCUGAGGCUGGAGCUUCCACAGUUUUUCGUGAAAAGUCAUGACUAUUGCCUGUACUCCAAUGACAUCGAGUUCAUCAAUGGGCUUAUAAACACCAAGACCAAGGGCCGUAUGAUGUAUCAGCUGACCCUCUCCCUGUGGAGGCUGAUGUGCCUGUGCUAUUACGCGGAGGCGCGUAUAGAAGUGCUGAAGCUGACCAAGCACCCCGAGGACGGCUCGGUGCGAGCGCGCUGGAGGAUCCGAGGCCUGCCCUUCCACAUGCUGCUGCUGCGCUUCUACAAGAAAGACAAGAGCCACCUCUAUAGGAGUUAUGAUGCUUUCUCCACAUUUUACCUGGGCUCAGAUGGUCUCAUUCACUGUCAUAGAGUGGAAAAGGUGAUGCAGGCCCAGCCGCCUGUGUUGCCCAGGGUGACCUCGCUGCUGGCCGGGGCACUGAUGGCUCUGGGCGUCCAGGAGCACCGGCCAGCUGUCAACCUGUUGCCCUUCCUGCUGUCCUCCUUCAGGCAGGGCCGAGACUGAGUCUGGCUGGCAGUCGGGGGGGGUGCAGCAGAGCGUUUGUGUGCCAGAAUGGAGAGAGAGACCGAGAGAGAUGGACUUAAAACACUUGAGGAUGGCAGAAAUAAGUUUGAGCAGGAGAGAGAGAGAGAGAGAGAGAGAAACAGAGAAAGUGUGAAAGAUCUGUCAAAGAGGUAAGGGUUUUGUUUGGAGGCAAAGAGAGGAAGGAAGAAUAAUGCUUGGCAAACCCUAGAUAGGAAGAAAGAAUCAGUUUAAAAUUAGUAAUAUCAUCACUUGAAAAUGACUUUCUUUGUUUUUUUUUUAUCUUUCCCAGCUUCAACUGUACAGGCAAGCUAAAACCCUCAAUAUGUAUUGUUCCAUCACAUGUAGCUAAGAGGAAAAUAUUGUAGUAUUUGUGAAUAGUUGGUUAAAACAUGACCAGAACUGUUAUGCAAUGGCCUCCAACGUGUCCCCUUUUCUGAUGUGGAUCACUGAGUUGGAGCUUUUACAUAGCUUCAAUCUGACGCACAAUCCAUGCACGCACCUUAGAAAAACAGCUACCAUGGCUUUAAUAAUGUACAGAUAAGUUGGUAUUGUUAAGCAAACACACACACACACAUACACACACGCAUAGACAAACACACGCAUAGACAAACACACACAUACAGAUAAACACACUGCCCUGUGUCAUUAUUGUACAGUCUGAAGAACCUCAUGACUGAAACUGGCUUUACUGUGAGAUGUGGUAUAUUGCAAGGUCUUGGUUUCAGGUUAGGGUUAUUGAGGUGUUUUUUUUUUUUAAUUAUUACUAUUUUUCUGACAGGGUAAUCAUUACCACUAUACAGACUCAAAACAACUUUGAUAGAAAGCAUUAGUAUUCUACAUAUUCAGCCAAGUACCUGGGACAACAUACUGUCAGACGGAUCAUUUCAGGGGAAAUAUGAAAAAUAUGAAGUGAAAAUGCAAUGGCAGGGACUAACUGGUUAGCACCAAUCCAUUUCCUCCAUUGCAACUGUUGGAAAUACAUCUGUGAAAUGGGUCAUGUUCACCUAAACACUCAUUGUGGAAAGAGAUGUAUUAUAGUUAUAUUUCGGUCAGUACAAAGUCAUAUUUCUAUUCUAUUUAAGAAAGCAAACCAUGAUGAAUGGAUUCAAAUCUGUGUAUAAGUAUAGCCUUUGAAGUUAUAACUGCAAUUAAAUUGCAAACCCAAUAGGAACAUUGUUUGGAGCAAGUAUUCAAAAUGUGUAAUACUGUAUGUGCAGCUGCCAGAAACUAGUGUUUGAAAUGUGUGUUAUAAGAGUCAGCAUAUCAAGUUAAACAUGCCAUGAUCUGUCAAUCAAAGAGCUCAAGUUAAUCCUGUAUGAUGAAAUUAACUGUUAAAAAUCCUGUAUGUGAUUCAUCUGUCCUGACGACGCCGCACAGCCGUUAGUAAUGCUCUGGCUUUAUUCAAUUUAGAUUUAAACCGCAUGAAUUAACAUUCUGCAGUUAAAUCAUUCAGAUAGACAAAUACAGUACAUUAGAAAACAUGACAAAAUCCUCAUGCUGGUACUGUGAUGGUAAUUGACUUUUUGUUUUUUCUGUAAUAAUUCAACUUUGCAGUGAAAUAAAACAAAAUAUGUGUGAAUAAUAAA